AUGGCUGAAGCCCCGCUAGAGAGCUCUAGCACCCCGCCUGGCGCUACCUCAGAAUCAACGCGUCCGGGCGGCCCCAUGGAAGAGCAGGACCCUCAGACCCGGAAGCGCCCGCGCCUCGACAGUGGAAGCCGAGUGAGCGAGUCGCUGUCGAUCGAUGACUGCGCGACGGCCGCGCCUGCCGUCGACAUGGACGAGACCCCGGAUAACGCGCGCCCUCCUUCCAAAGUCACCAUCAACGUCAAGUCUCCCGCCUCCGACAUGCCAUCCGGCGUGGACACCCCGACCGAGCAGACUGAGGUCGCGCCGGAGCCUCAGCCCACCCCCGACGAUGCGCCCAUCUCAAUCUCGUCGUCCCCCGACCACACCCCCGAUAUCGAAGUUGCCGAGCUGGAGGACAUAGAUCAGGACCCCAACAUGUCCAGCUGGAGGCCGCUGGAGAAGGUAUUGCAGGACCAUGUCGCGCCCGAGAUCGUCAAGAGUCGUGGCUCCGUCCCGAUGAUCAACUGGUUCCCCAGAGUGCGUGAGAACUUGGGGCCUCGUGAGAACUUGGAAAGGAUUUGCAUGAUGAUUGAUAAAGGUGACCAAUACGACGCCGGAGUACUGGUCGCUACAAAACAUUGGUUGGACGACUGCGCGGCCAAUCUGGAUCGCCUGACACCAGAGGUUUUUGCUGAAGAUCAUGAAUUCUGGGAGGAGCUCCCCAGUGUGGUGGAGGCCCUGCUGCGUCGACAACAACCAAUUCAACUGGACGCUGGCCAAGGUAUUUGGAGUUUCCUGGAGGAAUUCUUCGUGGACUUCGCCCGAAUUACAUUUCAUCUGGUUCGACUGGACACGUUAAUCCUGAGCCAGGUAUCCAACGAGACAGAUAUCCAACUGCCGGACAGCUUGUCACGGCAAUACCUACAACCUCUUGCCUGGACGAUUCAACUCACCAACAUUCCUUUCUUUCGUACUCUGGACCGGCUGCAUGAUACCGAAGUUGUGGAUCUUCUCGUCUGCAUCAGAAAUCGGGUCACGGCAGCUCCGAUAGAUGCCCCCAGUGCACUGUCGGAGUACGUGUCUCUCAUCAUUCCACGCCUUCCGAAAUACCCACAGCUAUCAACGAUGCUUAUCAGCGUCUUCCUUGUCAUUUGCCCUCUGAUCGAUCGCACCUUAGAGCGGAAGCUGAAUGAUGAACCGACUGUGGAUUUGCCAGUCAUACGAACCCUUUAUGAGACAGUGCGCGUGAUGGACGAAGCGUACCGCGAGCAUAUUACCAAGAAGUCGCCAUGGCUCACCAGCGAAAUGUCGGAUCAGUUUCUGCGUUUCUUUUGCCGCAGUUACCUUGCCUUCUCCCAUUUCUCUGACGAAUAUCUUCAGCGCCUGUCAACUGAUCUGUCAAUACCUCUCCCGCAAGACGUCACUUCAGAAGAAAGCGGGUCAGUCCUUUGGUGGGCCUGGAGGUUCGGCAUUCUCAAGAAACACACUAUGGAGGGUCGCAUGGAGCUUCGAGUCCUUGGCGUGGAAACGAUGCAGUCUGAUUUAGUUGGGAUUUGGCGGCAGAAUCUCGCUCAAAACCCCGACGGUGUCUCCUUGCCUUUUAUCCAGUACUUGGUUCGCUUCCUGCGCGACAGCAAACUCGUGGACUAUCUUGUGGGCGUCGAUUCUCAUCCACAAUUGAUCAGCCGCAGCAGCAACAUCGUCGGGUUCUUGGUUGUGACCUCCUCCUACACAGAUGCUGAUACAGACAUCAUCUGGAAGACUGUGACUGAAAGCCAAGACAGCCGAACCAUCUCCGAAGUCCUGUCGAUGUUAAUGCGCACACUGCCCAUGCACGCGUCUGCAUCCUCUGCCCUGCUUUACGUCUGUUCAAAAUUGCUCGAGUUUCCCCUGGAGCGGUUUGAUUCGCGGAUCAUUGACUUUUGUCACCAUCUCCUGCAGAAUGUGCGGGAAAAGCAUUUCGAAAAAGGACGCUACGACCUAUCUGAGGCCGAACAUGUGGAUCCCAUCCCCUUACGCCUAUGCGUGCGCCUUAUUCGGGAGAGCGCUGCUGCUACGGAUCUUGCCGUGGAGCAAAAGACCAUGAUGCAGAAGUUCGGCAGUACGCAGCUCAGGGAGUUCAUCAAGGCUGGACUUAGCGAGGUUGAUAAAAUGGAGAUGUACGAGCGCUGCAUCCAGGAUAUUGCCGAGAUGAACGAAUUCACUGCUGGAAGCAUCCAGGCGUUGAACGCCCUCGUUCCUAUGCCUGGUACACAGGAGAUUUGGAAACUGGCAACUGAAUUUGAUCUGACACGGCUCGUGAUUGCGGAGUUUGCCCACAUUGUUGGCGAAGGACAGGUUAAUUUCGGCGAUCCUUUCUCCCACCACGGCUUCAUUUCACGCGUCCAGAUCCUGUCUCGACUCAUUGACAUGGCCCCAGAUACCAUCGAUUCUGACCUCGGAAAUACACUUUGGAACGAAAUUCUCAUGUCCAAAACACUUGUUCCCCAAGGCCGCAUAGCCGUUUGGGACAUGCUGUGCACCGUCACCGGUCGCACUGGCAAGCCGAACACGUUCAUCGAGCGGUGCAUCCAGGAAUACUUGCCAGCACUGCUCCCCGACGAUUACUCACCAGAAGUACUAGCGUUCGCCAAGCAGUCGAUUCACUACGAUGUCCGGUUCAAUCCCCCUCCAGUCGCCGAUGAGAAUGAAGUCGUGAUGAUUCCUGGUAUGGAGCGGAUCUGGCAGUUUGUUCUGACCGCACCUUCUGGCUCUAUUGAAACCGAGGCAACCAACUACGCGAUUGAAGUCUACCUGGAUCAUAACAUCAUUCGUCGAUCGCCGCGCUCAGCCGUGGAGGCAACCCAUGUCUCCAUCGUCGAGCGCUGUAUUGACCAGCUCAAAUCGGCUGCUGGAAUAUUGAAGUCCUCCAGCAGUCAUUCCACCGUUAGCGAUGGCACCAUGGAGAUAGACAGCUCGCAGGGUGGUAUCGGAGCGCAGGAGCUUAGAUUUAGACGCUCAUUGCUUUUUCUGCGGCAACUGCUGCACGGAUUGAGGACUCGCCCGCAAUACAGUCCCCGACAACGCUCGCCGCCCCGCCUGCCUGACCGACCCCUCAAAGGCGACCCCGUUGAUAUCUCCUAUCAAUGGUUCGAUGGCGCCAAUAGAUCCAGUGUCAGCAUCUUGCAGAUUGGCGACCACUCCACAGCGGCUGAACUCGUCGAGCGGCUCGCUCAUCUCACCGGAUUUUCCAAAUUUGCCGCCAUCUGCGGUGGACAUAACGUGGAGCUACUAAAGGACCCGCAAGCCCUUGUGAAGGAUCUGAAGUUUCUGUCUGGGCUACUUAUUCUUCGCAAAGUCCCAGAGGCCCCGGAAUUGGCUCGAGGUGGAAGACGCCAGCCUCUUACCUCCGUUGAUGCGGAGGUGCUCAAACAUUUCGAUGAACUCUACGAUCUUCUUGAUCUUAAAGAUGAUCUCGCACAGGAGAUCUACGAUUUUCUUGUCGUUUUCCCUCCCCAGGAUCGAGUUCGCGAGCUUGUUAGGUCCAAGUCUCAAAGCGACAAGGAUCUGUUUCCUCUCGAGAAGCCGUUCAAUGCUCUCUACUCAAUGAACACCCUGUCAGCAUGCUUGCGCGAGGAAUCUGUAGAGAUCUCGCCUGAACAAACCUUCGUCGCGCAUAGCAUUCAGGUCCUGGUGUUGUUCCUGGCUGGUGACGGGCUCCUGGAAUCUCUCGCCGCAAAUUCUGUGAAGUUCGUCCUCGUUACCAGUGCGGUCGAGUGCCUUGUGGUCGCUCUCUCUGUCUAUCACCCGGCCAAUGAUGAGCACAGCUUGGUUCAGGAACCCACUUUGUUAGUACAGCGGCUUGUCGACCUCAUUGACAUUGGCCGUCAUACGUCUUCUAGCACUGUUCCUGGUAUCAAUAUCCAGCGAUUGAUAUGCAACUCGUUCGGGGUCUUGAUCGAAGGCUCCUUGAGCGACCAGAAGUUCUGGAGCGCUGUCAAGCAACAGGUGAAGUUCGACGAGCUCCUAUGCUCCCUUCUGCUGGAGGAAUGUCGACAGCCAAUCCGCCAUGAGAUCGCAGAGCGCAUUAAGAUGACCUGUAGUCCUUCAAAGCCAUUCAAGCAGUCCGUCAAAUUGACUACUGAAGAUCCGCAAAACACAUCGCCCCUCGAUAAUCCUGCUCGGAUUGAUAUGCUUGCUACGAUUUGGAGUGCUUUUGUUCAGGACAUACCGAAGACCACGGAGCAUGCCUCCCAGUCGGCGGAGUUCUUCCGGACUGCUCUCUGGGUGCUUCAAUCUGUCGCUGAGAAAUCACCCCGGGAUUUGAUAUUUGGUGACUACGUCAAGCAGUGGAGUGAGAUUAUGUUGAGCCAUCGCACCGAAGAGUUUGUGGGACGUGAGCUCGUCGAUGACCUGAUCCUCGGAUUUGCUCAUUUGCUUGAACUGUGCCUCGAUCUGGCUGAUUCUGCCCAAGCCAGAAUGGACACCUCUCACCUCGCCGAGAAAAUCCUCAGCACUUACCUCUUCCCAGACUUGUCAUUGGAAUCGUCGGAGCCCAUCAUUCCACAAACCCCUGUCAUGCAUAACCUCACUCGUCAAAAGCUCUACAACAUUAUCAACCUUCUCUGCAAACGGAACGACGAUGUUUAUGCGAACGUUUUGGACCAGGUGGAAGCACUCGUCCCGCGAGACUAUACCUACGUCUCAAGCUCGGCUCUUGACCGAUCGAAAAUGCUUCGCGCACCAGAGGGUUACGCUGGCCUCAGGAAUCUCUCGAAUACUUGCUAUUUGAAUUCCUUAAUGACACAGCUGUUCAUGAAUGUUGAAUUCAGAGAGUUUAUUCUGGGACUUCAUCCUGCGGACCCCGGCUCGUCACAAAGGUUGCUCUAUGAGACCCAGAGACUCUUUUCAUGGAUGCAAGAGACCUGGAUGAAGAACUUAGAGCCACAGGAAUUUGUGGACAGCAUUCGAACUUACGACAACGAGGCUAUUGAUGUCACUAUCCAGAUGGAUGUUGACGAGUUUUACAACCUUCUCUUCGACCGCUGGGAAGCUCAAGUUCUUGACCCCGAAGACAAGAAGAAGUUCCGCUCCUUCUAUGGGGGCCAGCUGGUUCAACAGAUCAAGUCCAAGGAAUGCGAACACAUAUCGGAGAGGUUGGAGCCGUUUUCGGCUAUUCAGUGUGACAUCAAGGGCAAGGCGAGCCUCGAGGAGAGUUUGCAGGCGUAUGUUGAGGGCGAGGUCAUGCAGGGAGACAACAAGUAUUCUUGCACUUCCUGCGGACGGCAUGUUGAUGCUGUCAAGCGAGCUUGCCUCAAAGAUGUCCCCGAUAAUCUCAUAUUCCACCUCAAGCGGUUUGACUUUGACAUGGUGACCAUGAUGCGAAGCAAGAUCAACGACGAAUUCCAGUUCCCUCAUCGCAUUGACAUGGCCCCGUUCAAUGUGGAAUACCUUUCCGACUCGAACGCCUCUAUUGAGCCGGACGUCUUUGAGUUAGUCGGGGUUCUCGUCCAUACUGGCACAGCUGAAUCUGGCCAUUAUUACUCCUACAUGCGUGAGCGACCAACGGCUAGUAGCGUGCCGUCGUGGGUUGAAUUCAACGACUCCGACGUCAGCAGGUUUGAUCCGGCAGCCAUCGCCGACCAAUGCUUCGGCGGCCAAAGCGAAUCUCACUCUGUCAAUGGUGUUCGGCUCAACAAGGUCUGGAACGCCUACAUGCUGUUUUACCAGCGUGUGUCAACAAUGGAGCAAUCCAACGCCGUCUUCAGGUCGACAAAGCGCAAUGUCCCUGCCCAGGUGCCCAUUCCAACCGUGUUUGCAAAUCAUAUCGCCAUCGAAAACGAGCUCUACGUUCGGAGCUACUGCCUCCUGGACCCCUAUUACACCUUUUUCGUGCAACAGCUAUUACGACGCUUGGACACCGUGGCUCCCACCUCAAAUCGAGAAAAGGUCAUCGGACUGGCGGUCGAUGUCGGCAUGGACACCCUCGAGCAGCUGGUGGCGCGGACGAAGGAUGCCAUGGGUCUGGAUAACCUCUUUACUGAGAUCUUUCAAAUCCUCGGCCAGACCCCUUACGCUGCGCAUCGGGUGUUGGAUUGGGUGUGUGGACGGCGCACUUCCAUCCGCAACCUUAUCCUUCGGGGCCUUCAUUCAGAAGUUCGGGUCAAGGGAUAUAUGCUCAUCGUUGGUGCUCUGAAGCAUCUUCACACGACGUCCAAAGAUUCCGAGCUCGAUGAGAGCGAUCAAAAGAUAUGGCGCUCGCGCUUCGAAUCUGCUUUCGACCAAGUUGCUGAAAUGCUGGACAAUUUGUGGCCUGCCCUCCAAAGUGCACCGCGUCCGUGGGAUGACUAUCAUGAGUUCCUCAACAUGCUUACUGAGUUUGGUCCGUGGGCCAUAAGAGUUCUGCUAGACAAGGGUAUCUUCAUGAGAUGCCUCGAAAUAAUCUGGCUCGAAGGAGAAGACCGCAAGAGACUGAGGGGUCACUAUUCGACUUAUUGCAGAUUGCUUGAGAAAGGUCGUCGCUUCUCCCACCGAAAGCUUCUAGACCUGUGUUUCCUCUUUUUCAAGCGGAUUGACCUCACUCUUCCGCCGACUAUGGAGGAUGAGGAUCGAACUAUAUCAGCUGACGGCAGGUUCUCCGUGAACCUGACUGAGAGCUCCUUCAUCAAGUCUUUGGACAAGGACGGUUCACUCAUACUCCUGACCAAAAUCAUCACACAUCACCACUGGGUGAAUACCCAAGCUUGUCGGAACAUUCUUUCUCUCCUCCUCGAAGCAGAACCCGAGGCGGGCCUGCUGGGUCCUAUCUGCCUGACACUGGAGGUCGGUUUAAGAGUGUCACCCGCGGAUCUCUGCACACCAUUUUUGGAUUCGACAAUCCUGUUUUGCAGACGUUCCCCAGAUGAAGAGAGAAUAAUCGCCAUGAUCGACUUUGUUGCCAAGGGGGUGGAAUCUAUCAACAACAGCGGAGGCUUGGAACACUUGGAAUUCUUCACACAUCUGUGCCGCCUGUCGAACGAUCGUGCCAACCUGGACCGCAAUAACUUCACUCAACUGUCCAUGGAGAAGAUUCCGGACUGGGCUCCCACUCUCCUCAUUGAUAAGGACAGAAAUGUGCGGCACGCGACAAUCAGCGCUCUUAGCACCUUGCUUUUCACCGACACCGAUGGGGCCGACGAUGAAUACCAGGCUCGGUGCUCUUCCAUUGCUCGCGAAUUGAUGACUGCUUGCGUGAACAGGAUCGACAAGUCAUUCCUCCAUAGUGACAUUCAGACCAUUGAGUCCAGGAUUGUGGAGGCGAUCAUUCAGGUCAUUAACCACUGCUUGGAGAACUUCUAUGACGAUAGCAAGGAGGAGGACAAGAAGGUUAUCCAGGAGGCUAAUACUGCCGUAGUGUUCCUCGAGCGCAUGACUGUCGAUGCCCCCGAAGAACUGAUUUCUGAGGACUGGGAAAACAACUCUCCUCUGGGUAGCGACUCGGAAGAAGUAGGACUCGUGGGAUCGCCUUAA